AUGCUCUCGGUGAUCGCGAUGCGUCGGCCGGAGGACGAGGAGCUGGGAGGCCGCGGCGACGGCGACGAGUUCGUGGACAUCUCACAGAUGCAGUUGUUGGUCGAGGCGGGCCCGAGCGGGCUGCACUACGGAGGCCCGCCGCCGCCGCACGCGCAGCCGCAGCCCUACGCGCAGCCGCCCGCGCACCCCGCUACCACCACCGCGUCCGUCGACGACCUGUUCGCACUCUAUUUUACACCCACUUCACAUGGUACACUAACAGGCGAUGAGCUAUCGUUAGGGUGCUCGCCACGUCGACACAAGCAUGAAGCUUCGUUGUCCCCGGGCGCACGCGCCGAGGAUGCUAGCAAUGCAUCUAGUGCAAGCGCAUCUCUAUACGGGCCGCCAGCCGGCAGUGCCGGCAAGCGCGCGCCCUCGCCACCUCUGCAGUGGCUGCUGCCGCCCGGCCCCGGCCCCGGCAGCGUCGACAAGUACUUCCAGCAGGAGUAUGAGGAGCGCGUGGAGCUGCUCCCGCCAGAGUGCCAACCCUACUGCGCUCCGUCGCAGCCGUGUCCACCGCCGCAGCACUGUGAAUACCGCCCGCCGCCACAGCCGCAACAACAGCACACGUGGGAAACGCAGGAGUACGCCAGCGCGCCGCAGCCCACUCCCGGGCCUUCCGGCCUUCCCAAGCGAGAGCCGUACCCAAGCCCGGCCGGCCCUAGCGAUAGACCAGUGCAGCUAGCCGAAUACAACCCGUCCACGAGUAAAGGGCACGAGAUUCUUUCUCAAGUAUAUCAACAGAGUGCACAACCGCUGCGGCUCGUCGCGGUCAAACCCCGCAAGUAUCCCAACAGGCCGAGCAAAACCCCCGUCCACGAGCGACCAUACGCAUGUCCAGUGGAAGGCUGCGACCGCAGAUUCUCGCGAUCAGACGAGCUGACGCGGCACAUACGCAUCCAUACGGGCCAGAAACCGUUCCAGUGUCGCAUCUGCAUGCGCUCCUUCAGCAGAUCAGAUCAUCUGACGACGCACGUACGAACCCACACAGGCGAGAAGCCAUUCGCGUGUGAUGUCUGCGGUCGCAAGUUCGCGCGGUCUGACGAGAAGAAGCGGCACGCGAAGGUGCACCUGAAGCAGCGGCUGAAGCGCGAGCGCGGCGGCGGCGGCGCGCACCACCACGAGCACGGGCACGCCUCGCUCUAG